GCUCCACCUUUCCUCGGCUCAGCUGCUCCGGCGGCUUAAUCUCUUCUCCCCGGCGAUCGAUUCGAUCAGAUGGACAGCACGAGCUGCCUGGUGGACGACGCGAGCAGCGGCGCGUCCACUGGCAAGAAGGCGGCGCCGGCGACCGCGGCGGCGACGAAGGCGCUGCAGCGCGUGGGCAGCGGCGCCAGCGCGGUGAUGGACGCGGCCGAGCCCGGCGCGGAGGCGGAUUCCGGCGGCGAGCGGCGCGUCGGCGGGGGCGGGGGCGGGAAGCUGCCGUCGUCCAAGUACAAGGGCGUGGUGCCGCAGCCGAACGGGCGGUGGGGCGCGCAGAUAUACGAGCGGCACCAGCGCGUGUGGCUCGGCACGUUCACCGGCGAGGGGGAGGCGGCGCGCGCCUACGACGUGGCGGCGCAGCGGUUCCGUGGCCGCGACGCCGUCACCAAUUUCCGGCCACUCGCCGAGUCCGACCCGGAGGCCGCCGUCGAGCUCCGGUUCCUCGCCUCGCGGUCGAAGGCCGAGGUCGUCGACAUGCUCCGCAAGCACACCUACCUCGAGGAGCUCGCGCAGAACAAGCGCGCCUUCGCCGCCAUCGCCCCGCCGCCCCCCAAGAACCCCCCGUCGUCGUCGCCUACGGCGACCUCCGCCGCCGCGGCGCGCGAGCACCUGUUCGACAAGACGGUGACGCCCAGCGACGUGGGGAAGCUGAACCGGCUGGUGAUCCCGAAGCAGCACGCCGAGAAGCACUUCCCGCUGCAGCUCCCGCCACCUACCACCACCUCCGUCCUCGCUGGCGCCGGCGGCGAGUGCAAGGGCGUGCUCCUCAACUUCGAGGACGCCGCCGGGAAGGUGUGGAGGUUCCGGUACUCCUACUGGAACAGCAGCCAGAGCUACGUCCUCACCAAGGGGUGGAGCCGCUUCGUCAAGGAGAAGGGACUCCACGCCGGCGACGCCGUCGGCUUCUACCGCUCCGCCGGUAAGCACGCGCAGCUCUUCAUCGACUGCAAGAUCCGGUCAAAGCAGUCCGCCACGACCGCCGCCUUCCUCAGCGCGAGAGCCGCCACGCCGCCGGCCCCCGCCGUGAAGGCCAUCAGGCUUUUCGGCGUCGACCUGCUCACCGCGGCGGCGCCGGAGCAGGACGCCGCCGUCGCCAUGGCCAAGAGCAAGAGAGCCAUGGACGACGCCAUAGCUGAGUCCCAACCACACGUGGUUUUUAAGAAGCAAUGCAUAGAGCUCGCGCUAACCUAGCUCAGCUUAGCAUGCAGAGAUGCAGCUAGCUAGCUAGCGUUUUUUGCUCCUCGCUUGCUUGCUUAGUUAAUUCGGAUAUGCAAAUAUGCAAAUUAAUGAUUAGCUUAGUGCUCCCCUGAUCUCUUUGCUUGUUUGAUUUCUUGUCAUAUAUGCUCUACCAAAUCGAUCCAGUCUUUGUUAAUCCUCAUGUCACCCAUUUUACUUUGCCAAGUGUAUACUAAUUAUGCCCUAGAUUAAGAGGAAAUGCAUGCAAAAAAGAAGCAGCCUUGCUUUGAUCAAUCAAGCUAGCAAUGAAGCUUAACCUUGUUGUCUCUUGCUCUCUUUCUUCUCCUUCAAUUUCAAUUCCUCCCCCUAAUUAAUUGCCAUCGAUGUAAUUUAGACAUCUAUCUAUCUAUCAAUUUGUGGAUG